UUCAUGUGAAGAUCUUAAUUUUGUUUACAUUUAAUGUUCUUGGUUCUCUCUUCCUUAUUGGACUUUAUUCUACCUUUUUUGGAUAAAUAUAUAUAUUUAUAUUUCUUUAUAAUUGGGAGAAUGUGUUAUUUCCAAAUGAUGUGCCCUUAAUAAGUAUGGACACCUUUAUUUUUGAUUGGAUUUGAGCUUCUUCCAUUUUAUAUAAAUAUCUUUAUGGACAAAUCUGCAGGCUUUAAUAGAAAGGUCUCAAUUAUUUGUAAAGUAGCUUCCAUGUUAUGUGACCUUAUUACUCUAAUUGCAGGAUUGCAUUGCUACAUUGGACACACCUCAUUGUAUGAAUAUUGUUAUGAAAGUUCUGCAUUUUUAAAAAAUAGUUUCCAAGUCAUGGAAACCAUUUAUUUUCUCCAAAUCAUUGCAGCAAUAUACUGUGGGAAAUAUAAAAAAAGACUUAAUUUUCAUAGAAAUAAAUGGUAGAAUCCCUAAAAUCCAAUAAAAGUAGGGGUGUUGGAGACCUGGAGACUGGAGAUCAGUGUAGCAAUAUCACUGGGUGACACCUUAUACAGUCUAUGGGUGACACACAUAGUACAGGAGAUAUUGAAAAAAAGGAAAGAUUUCUAUUCAAAUAUUUUUGUUUAAUCAAAAAGGACGAAUACAUUGUUUUUUAACAUCAUUUUAACUAAGGGCGAAGUGGCAUGUUAGCACCAAGGGAUUGAAAACUACUUUCGUUUUGUGUCAUUUGAAUUUAUUUAUUGACGGUCCCUAAAUUAAAGCCUGUGGUUAAGAUUAAGAGCGAGGGCUUGGAUAUUAACCUACUAACGUCCUCUUACUGUUGACAGUUUGUGAAACUAAAUAGGAAGCCCGGAGUGAAUAUAUGUAAAAUGUCCAACCUAAUACCAACAUCACGCGGUGGACUUUUUUAAUGUUUUCAUGACUGUUUUCGUCAUGUUAUUAUCUCGAAGCGGAAAUAAGAUUCCUUCUGGAGACUGUCCCAAUAACAAUUACAAUGAAAUACAUGUCGUCUUUUCCCCAUAAGCAUCACAAUAGUCGACGUUAGAUUAUACCUCCACAAUGAUGGUUUGUUUUGGCAGCUUAGUAAAAUGAUGCUGUGGCGUAUCAGCGUAAGAAUGACGCACAGUGGCGAUGAUCAGCACCGCUGGUUCUGAACGCUGCGCGUCUAUACACAGCGACAGAUACACACGCGUAGAGUUAUGUAAUUAUAGCGGUACAUAUCGAAGAAGGUGGAAUGAUAGAAUAUCUCCAUUACUUCGAAGCGCAAACCGCCUCAUCUUGUUCUCGUUGAGGAAGGAUACGGCUGAGGGUCGUCGCCAGGAACCGUCCGGGAGAUGGACGGGAGGACUGCGGAAACCGGGGAUGACGGGAGGACGAGUGAGGAAGCGGCCGCUGGCCUCUGUCUGCAGCUUGACCUGGGGGACACCGAUUCAGCCAAGAAGGCUCAGAUAUCAGAGAUGCCAUCCCCAUUUGGAGUUGGCCCAGGCCAUGAGAAAAAGAUAGGCCACAGGAGGGUAGAUGCUUCUGGAGAAACAACAUACAAGAAGACUACCUCCUCCGCCUUGCAAGGGUCCAUCCAGCUGGGUAUCGGAUACACUGUAGGCAACCUCAGCUCCAAGCCUGAGAGAGAUGUGCUGAUGCAGGACUUUUAUGUGGUGGAAAGCAUCUUCUUCCCCAGAGAAGGCAGUAACCUCACUCCUGCUCACCACUACCCAGACUUCAGGUUUAAGAACUACGCCCCUGUGGCCUUCCGCUACUUCCGAGAGCUGUUCGGGAUCCGGCCAGAUGACUACCUGUAUUCUAUAUGUAAUGAGCCACUGAUCGAGUUGACCAACCCAGGAGCGAGUGGCUCCAUAUUCUACGUGACCCGCGAUGACGAGUUCAUCAUCAAAACUGUUCAGCACAAAGAGGCAGAAUUUCUACAGAAACUACUUCCUGGUUACUAUAUGAACUUGAACCAGAACCCCCGGACUUUGCUGCCAAAGUUUUUUGGCCUCUACUGCGUCCAGUGUGGGGGCAAGAACAUCCGAGUUGUUGUCAUGAACAAUAUUUUACCGCGCUCUGUACGCAUGCACCUCAAGUUUGAUUUGAAAGGCUCCACAUACAAGAGGCGAGCAUCCAAGAAGGAAAGAGAGAAGUCAAAACCCACUUUCAAAGACCUGGACUUUCUGAAGGACGUUCCUGAAGGCCUCACCAUGGACCAUGAAACAUACAGCGCUCUGGUCAAAACUCUGCAGAGAGACUGCCUGGUUCUGGAAAGUUUCAAGAUUAUGGACUACAGUUUACUGCUUGGGAUCCACAACAAGACACAAGCAGAGCGAGAGCGUGAAUCUCAGGGCUCGCCCACAGGGGGAGGGGACGAGAAGAGGCGGGCGGCUCAGAAGGCUCUGUACUCCACCGCCAUGGAGUCCAUCCAGGGGGGCUCCACAUGCAGGGACACACUGGACCAUGAUGACACUAUGGGUGGUAUUCCAGCUGUGGGUAGUAAAGGAGAGCGGCUCCUGCUGUUCAUCGGAAUCAUUGACAUCCUGCAGUCCUACAGAGUGAUCAAGAAACUGGAGCACUCUUGGAAGUCCCUCAUCCAUGACGGGGAUACAGUGUCAGUUCACAGACCUAGCUUCUAUGCUGAGAGGUUCUACAGAUUCUGCAGCACCAUCGUCUUCAAGAAGAGCAGCUCAUUGCGAUCGUCUCCCUCGAAGAGAGGACGAGGGGCUUUCUCCAUGUCCAAGUCCAGCGGGGGAACAGGUUCAACUGGGCAGCGUCCCUCACUGACCGAUGAGAGGCAGGAAAACCUGGACAACUUGGAAAACCUGCGAGGGGCGCGCAGCUUCCCCAUGCUGGAGGACAACGGGAGAGAGCCCCCCUGCACCCCCCCUUCCUUUGAAGAUGCUACCACAGCCUCCAUCGCCACCACGCUCUCCUCUAACAACUCCUUACCCACAACCCCCUUCGACACACCAGAGCACCCACGCUCCUGGAGACAACUGCAUUCCCCAAGUGUGGCAAGGGUGCAGAGAGAAGUAGUCGAGGUUCAUGAAGAAAAGCAGGACACCAUCACAGUGGCGGUGGAGCUCAGUAAAAUCCCAAAGAGCACAGAGCUGACACAGAUGACGGAAAAGUCCUCGCCCAGUGUGUCACCUGAUCCUCAGCUCCACGCCAUUACUCCCUCCACCACUCCCUCUAUUACACCAUCCUCCACCCUUCCUCCUCCCUGUGUGUCACCCUCCUCCUCCGCUGCUCAGUCAGAGGAGCAGUCAUCCUCCACCCUCUCUUCCUCCAUCUGUCCGUCCACCAAACCGCUCACCUCUCCCUCCGCCGCCGCUCAGCCUUCCUCCCUCUCUUCUCCAACUUCUCAUCCGACGAUGCAAUCCACUCUCCUCACCUCGGCACCAGACACCUCCGCCCCCCCACCUGGCUCAGCCUUUACUCCCAUCUGCCCCGAAUCCUCCCACUCCCCCACAGAGAGCCCCCCCUCACCCGCUCCCCUCGACCCCCCCCCACCCACUCUCCUCGACCCCCCCUCACCCGCUCCCCUCCCACCCUCCGAGCCCCCAGGUGCCUCAGCAGGCGCCACUGCGUACACCGUCCAAUCAGCUGUCUGUGUCCAGCAGCCACAACUCAUUGGAUGGGGAGUUGCAAGUGUCCGACAUCUACUUUAUCAUUUUCCUUCUCCUGUUUUUCUACGAUGUGCUGGGUCUCUCGCAGUGGCUCAGUCAGGACAGCGUGAUAGAAUUAUGAUGCAGCAGACUCAGGAGGACCGGGGCUGGGUGUACUCUCCUCUGCACUACGGCUCUGAGUCCAGGAGGGACUCAGAAGGGGAGAGUGAGACAUAACUCGGUGGAGACAGCAGUGAUGGGUGGAGCCAAAGCCUCCAUAUACUGAAGCUUUGAGCUUUUAAUAACAAAGCCACCAGGACGCUAUGGGAAUGAAUGCUGUUCGCCCCUACUGCAUGUGGAGCUAGCCAUGCCAACAGGGAAUUCAAAAGAAAAACAAUAUAAUAAUCAUGCUUACACUUGCAUACAUUUAAACAAACAUAAAACAAUAAAUAUAUUAUGCAAAAAAAAUAAAACAAUAUAACUCCUGGACAAUCUAGCUGUCAUCAAGCAGAGAAAUACAGUUGCGUCACAAUCAGCUGAGUGCCGCUGUGAGAGGUGGCUGUUAAUCAGGUGUUGCUCUGCUUCCUGCUGUGGACGCUUAUAGCGUCUGUGAGUCACGCGGCACUGUGCCAGCUCUGGCUAUGCAAAAUGGGCAUACUUGUUAUUGAUUUCUCCCUUAGACUGAUGCAUCAGAGUUUAUUCAUGCAUUUAUUUUUCACUAGGGUCAUGUCAAAGCUGUAUAUACAUUUUAUUUGAGCACUUUAUCAAUAUACACGUGGCUGAAAUCGUUUUAUGUUUCGUUUUUUUGUCAUCAGUCAUUGUUGCAACACUUAAACACAGUAAAUGUUUUGUGUGCUGUGUGCACAGGGUUCUGUUCGUCCAGCGGUGCGUGUUGGUCACUUAAGAAACUCUGAUCUGACAAUUAAUGGUUGUGCUCAAAAUGCCUUAUUGACAAACUCAUUUUCAUAACGUUUUUUUUAUAUUUCGGGCUCAUGUAAUUAUUCAAAAACAACUUUCAAAAUAAAAAUAUGCAAAGUUUUCAUUUACACCUUUUUAAGGAUUUGAAAUCCAUUGUUCAAGAAAUACCACAAGAAAAGAAAAUGUAUCAAAUUAUAUUUUAUAAAUUGUAGAUAAACUUUGUGUGUGCUGAAGCACAUGUAUUAGAGUCUGUAUGUGCCCUUAUGUCUCUGUAUGCAUGUGUUUGCAUGCAUAUUGAUGUGUGAUUGGGAGUUCUUUGUCCUGCCUAUUUGUCAAAAAGUGUUAAAAGUUGUAACUUCCAUUUGUUGUUAUGGCCAUGAAUGUCGGAACCAGCUAUAUGCAUGUUGGCUGUGUAAGAUAAUAAGAUAAUAGAUAAUAGAGAACAGAUAUAACCUCAGAUGUAUAUACAGUUUGGUCAUAAAAUAAAUCCAUUGUUGCCACAGUCACUCUUCCAUACAUUAAGAUUCAAGAUUGACCAAAAUGAAACUUCUGACUGGACGAGCACUGCUGUAACAUAUUACUGUGUUGUUAAGUCUGAAGUGUACCUGCCUGUAUAGGCAUCAGUGUUUGUAGCUGAUCACUGUGUAAAAGAAUAAUAAAAAAUGAUAUUGUGUAAAACAUA